CCCCCUCCAUCCUCAGCAGGCAGCACCACAGCACAGCAGAGCCCAGACUCCAGAGAGAGAGAGAGAGAGCUCUCGUCCGCCAUCCCGGUGGUUCUCGCUAUUUACCAACAGGUCCUUGUCCAUGGAAAGGAGGCAGGGCUUCUUCGCGGCGCUGAGGCAGGAGGUGUCGCGCGGGCUGUCGCCGGCGAGGGCGCGCCGGAGGUCGGAAGCCGCGGAGCUGGACGCCGCGCUCAGGUCCUCCGCCGCGCCCGGGGGUGGCGAGAUGCUGGCGCCGCUCAUGGAAGGGCCCGAUCCGGAGUCCGGCGACGGCGACGGCGGGGGCGCGGGAGGCGCGAGCGCGAGGAAGGAAGGGUGGGGGCAAUGGGUCCGCGGCCAGCUCGCGCGGACGCCGUCCUCGGUGGCGGCCGCGGCGGCGGCCGGCGCCGGCGCGGCUCGCAACGACCUCAGGCUGCUCCUCGGCGUCAUGGGCGCGCCGCUAGCGCCCGUGCAUGUCUCUGCCGCCGAGCCGCUCCCGCACCUCAGCAUUAAGGACACUCCCAUCGAGACCUCGUCGGCGCAGUACAUUCUGCAGCAGUACCUGGCCGCUUCUGGUGGGCAAAAGCUCCUCGCGUCCGUACGCAAUACCUACGUCAUGGGCAAGGUGCGCAUGGUGGCCACCGAGUUUGAGAACGCCGGCCGCCUUGUCAAGAACCGCAACGCCGCUCGCGGUGCCGAGCCAGGCCGCUUCGUGCUUUGGCAGAUGGCCCCUGAGAUGUGGUACAUCGAACUAGCUGUCGGUGGAAGCAAGGUGCAUGCUGGCUGCAAUGGCAAGCUUGUGUGGCGCCAUACCCCGUGGCUCGGAUCCCAUGCUGCCAAGGGCCCUGUUCGCCCGCUCCGCCGUGCACUUCAGGGCCUGGAUCCAUUGACCGCAGCAAGCAUGUUUGCUGGUGCACGGUGCAUUGGGGAGAGGAAGGUGAGCGGGGAGGAUUGCUUCAUUCUGAAGCUGUGCACUGACCCUGAGACCCUCAAGGCGCGGACUGAGGGCCUCGCGGAGAUCAUCAGGCAUGUCAUGUUUGGGUAUUUCAGCCAGAGGACUGGCCUUCUCGUCCACAUUGAGGAUUCACAUCUCACGAGGAUUCAGUCAACAACUGGCGGGGAUGCGGUCUACUGGGAGACAACCACCAAUUCUUUCAUCGAGGACUACCGGCCGGUGGAUGGUAUCAUGAUUGCGCACUCUGGGCGCUCGGCUGUGACCCUGUUCCGUUUUGGCGAGGUGGCCAUGAGCCACACCAAGACUCGGAUGGAGGAGGCAUGGAGCAUUGAGGAGGUUGCGUUCAAUGUUCCUGGUCUGUCCAUGGAUUGUUUCAUCCCACCCACUGAUAUCAAGUCUGGAUCUGUUGGUGAAACUGUCGAGCUUUCUCAUGGUGAGAAGAGUAAGUUUGGCCCUCCCCCAGGUCAUCGUGCCAAAGUUGCCGCAUUGGAGAAGGCAGAUGAUCGCGACUGAUUUGUAAACCUUUCAUACUUGCUUGUUACAUUGCAGUUGACCGACUUUGAUAAAUUUAGUGUAGGAGACUAAGGAGAGAGUCGAAGGAGAACUUUGAGUUUGGAAAUUCCAAAUGACCUCUGUAUAUAGGAAGUAGCAUGAGAAGUUCACAAGGUCUUGCAUAUCCUUGAGGAGGUUCUAUGUCAAGAAUCUGGCCUAAUCUCAUCCGGAGUCAUGGUAGUAGGCAAUCUUGUUUGCUGCUUCAGGGUUUUUGUCAGUAUCAUGUGGAAGAACUUGGUGCGUCCCCCAUUCUAACCACCUGAGAAAGGUCAUCGAGGUGAUGCUGUUUGUUCUCUUUUAGCAAUUCUAAUUAGUCACUGGCGUCAGCAGGAAGAAGGAUUUCCUCGCCGGUAACUGACAGUGAUUUAGUCUUCUGUCAUUGCAUACAAUUGACUGUUCAGUGUGGUGUGCUUCGUGAUGGUUCCUGGUCAAGCUAACUUAUCUGAAAAGUAGAACCUCUUAAUGGCUGUUACCUCUUUUGUUUUCAAUAUUAGCAAAUAUAUUUGUGAGAACCUUCCUUCGCAUCUCUCUUAUUUUUCAUGAGAUGAAGGUUGCAUUCAACAGCAGUUUUUUGUAAUCCAAAACAUCUAAUGAGUGCCAUCGGUUGAACUGUUCUGUGAU